AUGAAGUCCCUCGUCCUGGUCUUUUGCCUUGCUCAGCUCUGUGGCUGCCACUCUGCCUUGCUUCCCCCAGAUAUGGUUCCUAGAGUACUGAACUGUGAUGACCCAGAAUCAGAGCAAGCAGCCCUGGUGGCUGUGGACUACAUCAAUAAGAACCUUAUUAGAGGCUACAAGCACACCUUGAACCAGAUUGACAAAGUGGAGGUGUGGCCUCGGCGGCCCAUGGGAGAGGUGUUUGAGAUAGAAAUAGACACGCUGGAAACCACCUGCCACGCAUUGGACCCCACCCCCGUGGCCAACUGCUCUGUGCGGCAGCUGAGGGACCAUGCUGUGGAAGGAGACUGUGAUUUCCAUGUGCUGAAACAGGAUGGCCAGUUUUCCGUGUUGUCUGCAAAAUGUGAUUCCAGUCCAGACUCCAAGGAGGAUGUGCUAAAGGUGUGCGCAGGCUGCCCCCUGCUGGUCCAGUUUAACGACACCAAGGUGGUGCAUGCUGUAGAGGCUGCACUGGCCGCUUUCAACUCUCGUACUGAUGGCUCCUAUUUUCAGCUGGUGGAAGUUUCCAGGGCUCAACGAGCUACACCUUCUGCAUUUUCAACCUACGUGGAGUUUGCAGUGGCUGCCACUGACUGUAUUGCUAAAGAGGUCACAGACCCAGCCAAGUGUAACUUGCUGGAGGAAAAGCAAUACGGCUUCUGUAAGGGGACAGUCACUGAGAACGCUGGUGAGGCUGUUGCAGUGACCUGUACACUGUUCCAGACACAGCCUCAACCAGACAACACCAAUGCACCCACCCCUGUGGCGGCCUCAGCUGGGCCUAUGCCUCCUCCAGCUAACCUGCCUGCAGCUUCAGCUCCAGCUCUGGUGGAGGCAGUUCCCCAGCCAGCCCUGCCAGAGAACCGGGCACACCAUGACCUUCGCCACACCUUCACAGGUGUGACCUCAGUGGAGUCCGCCUCAGGAGAAAUGUCCUAUGUGGGAAAAGCACCCAAGUUCGUGCAGCCUAGCAUGGCUGUUUCUUCGGUUCCAGCGUUCCGCCCUUGUCCAGGGAGAGUCAGACACUUCAAGAUCUAG